AUGCUGUGUGGCCUGUUGCUCUCCUUGGGUUUAUUAGCCCUAACCUCAGCAGCCCCAAAACUAGCCCAGGAUGAUGGCCCACGGAUGUAUGAUUUGCCUAGCGAAGAGGCAUCUCCGUUCGAGGACAAUGGCGCGGUAGAACCGGAAGCCGAAGAAGUGGAAAAGGAACAGAGCGAGGUAAGGAAUAUCUUGGAACUUGCUAAGAAUCCCUGA